CAAAAGUUUAAUUACAUUUCGUUGACCACAUAGAGAAUUGCAAUUAUUUUUUGACAGUUGUACUCUUAUUAAUUUUUUUUUUCUUUUCUCACGUGAUAAUAUAUCUUAUAGUUUGACCUUUGUUGACUUUCCUAUUGAAUAUAUAGUAAACAAUUGUGUAAUUUGUUGUCAAUUAUUCUAACAGCAGUGGCUUGGUGUUGCAAUGUUAUAGAUAUGGAUCGCCCCAAAGUCACUAUACAUCCAGGUCCAGAAAACUAUGAUUUAUUAAUACUCCAGCAACAGCAUCGAUCCCAGGCUGUGUGGGAUGGAAAAUUGACUGGACGAAAUGCGUGUUUAACUAUACGUCGUGCGAAUCAUGAAUUCUGGAAUCACGUGAGGCAACACCCUUUACAUAAUCGCAUCCUUAAUUACUUUGAGAGGUGUGGAUUUGGGGGAGUUUUAGCAGUAGGUGAUGUGCAGUAUGAUGAAGGAAUCAUCACUGCACUUAUUGAGAGAUGGCGUCCAGAGACGCAUACAUUUCAUAUGCGGACUGGCGAAUGUGCCAUCACACUGCAGGAUGUCGAGGUCUUAUAUGGCAUUCCCAUGGAUGGCCACCCAUUGGUGCAGAGAAAUGUUUUAAAAAAUAACUAAAUCAAGGUGGCGGGAAUUGAUGUACGAGCUUACUGGUUGGUUGCCCGGAGAAGUAGCAAUUAAAGGUAGUAGCUUGUUGGUAAUAACACAAUUAUCUAAUCAUUUGGAAACCUUGAUUGCCGCGAAUAAUAUUAUUGAUGAACACACUGAUGAGGCUGAGGUGCAAAAGAGGGUCAGGUUGUACCUGCUUUGGUUGAUUGGUGGCACGAUAUUCCUUGAUAAUACUGGUUCAUUGCUUAGUUUACACUUUUUGCUUGACAUAAUAGACCUUGAUGCAAUAGGCGGGAAAGCUUGGGGAGCAGCAGCAUUAUCAUACUUGUACAAUUGUCUAUGUCGUGCUUCGAUGGCUAAUAGCCAUGAUGUUUGUGGAUUUAUUGCUUUGUUACAGGUUUGGGCUUGGGAGCGAAUAAUCCCGAUGCAGCCAUUACUUCGUCCUCUAAGAGUAAACGAACGAGAUAUUGUAUUUGCGCAGAAGUGGACUCGUCGUGGAGUUCGUGAAAGCGAGGCACGAGCUGUGCUAGUAGUUUGUAGGGAUGUUUUAGACAACCUAACUGAUGAUCAGGUAUUUUUCCUUUUAAAUUUUUUUGAUAAGAAAUGUGAAAAAUAUAACAACAAUAGAGUUUUUAUAGAUUUGUUCAUUUUUUGCUAACUCGUACUGUGAUAAUGGGUUGAUUUUGUUUUAAUUUGUUAUAGCUAAUUUGCUACAACUUGCUAUUGGUUGUGAUAUUUUUUAUGAGCUUUUCUUCUUUUAGCACAAUUAGUAUUUUGUCUAGGUUUGUUUUAAUGGCUAGAAGGUUACUAAACUAUUUUAUUUUGUUUUUAUUUCCAUCAAAAUCCAUUAUGGAAUUUUCAAGUUAGCAUGUUCUUGUUAUGCUUUGGAACUGAAUAAAAAAGAAAGUGCUCCUAGCAA